UUGGGAGCAUUUGUUAUAUCCGCGUGAAAGGUUUAGGAAAUUCACAAUGAAGUAUUUAAGACUCGUUCUUUGCUUGGCCUUAUUGGCAAUCAAAUCAAAGUCAGCCCAAGCGGUUUGCGGCUACGAGUCAUGUCAUGAAACCAAGUCAAACAUGGUCAACAUACACUUGGUGCCCCAUUCCCACGACGAUGUGGGAUGGCUUAAGACGGUUGAUCAAUACUUCUAUGGCCACAAGAACAACAUACAGCAUGCUGGAGUCCAGUACAUUAUCGACACCGUGAUCUCUGAGUUGAUCAAGAACCCCGAUCGUCGCUUCAUCCAGGUUGAGACCUCCUUCUUCUCCAAAUGGUGGGACGAGCAGUCGGAGACCGUCAGGGCAAUUGUGAAAAAGCUGGUCAACGAGGGUCGCCUGCAGUUCACCAACGGAGCCUGGAGCAUGAACGAUGAGGCUGCCGUGAACUACCAGAGUGUGAUCGAUCAGUUUACAGUUGGUUUGAAGUUCCUGGAUGACACCUUUGGGAUAUGUGGUCGUCCUCGGGUUGGCUGGCAAAUCGAUCCCUUUGGCCACUCCAGAGAACAAGCAUCACUGUACGCCCAGAUGGGAUACGAUGGCGAGUUCUUUUCACGCAUGGAUCACAACGACAAGGGCAGACGAAUGAAUGAUCUUGCUCUAGAGAUGGUUUGGGAUGCCAGUGAGUCACUUAGCGAUGUCAAGCUUUUCACUGGUCUCCUGUACACCUUCUACUGGGACACUCCCGGAUUUUGUUUCGACGUUCACUGCAACGACGACCCAAUUAUUGACAGUGAUAGCUACGAUAACAAUGGCAAGUCGAGGGUGGACGACUUUAUUUCCUACGCCGCUCAAGUGGCUGAAAAGUUCCGUACAAACCACAUCAUGAUUCCCAUGGGAGGUGACUUCCAGUACGAAGAUGCUGAGGUUAACUUUAAGAACAUGGACAAACUGAUCAAGUACAUCAACGAACGUCAGUCCAGUGGCUCAAAAUACAACAUAAUCUACUCAACUCCCGGCUGCUACUUAAACUCUGUGCACAAGAGUGUGCAAUCCUAUCCAAACAAAACCCUGGACUUCUUCCCCUAUGGAAGUGAUACCAACAGUUUUUGGACUGGCUACUAUACCUCUCGUCCCACGCAAAAGCGUUUCGAGCGCGAUGGCAACCACAUACUUCAGGUGGCCAAGCAGCUGAGCGCCUUCGCUGAGCUUUCGAGUGCCCAGCAGAAGGAGGAUCUUGAGUACCUCCGACAGAUAAUGGGAGUAAUGCAACAUCACGAUGCCAUCACAGGCACUGAGAAGCAGCAUGUGUCCGAUGACUACGAUCGGCUUUUGUACGAUGCUAUCGUUGGUGGUGUUAACACUGCCCGCGAUGGUCUGCGCAAGCUGACCAAUCUGCCCAACGGAGAAUUCGAGAGCUGCCUGCAGUUGAACAUCAGCGAGUGCGCCUUCACCAAGGACGGUGCUGAUAACGUGGUAGUGACCGUGUACAACCCCCUGGCCCACACUUCCACCCAGUAUGUGCGAGUGCCAGUCAAGAACGAGAACUACCAGGUUACCGAUGAGAAGGGUCGCGUGGUAGCUUCUGAAGUGGUCCCAGUGCCCUGGCAGGUCCUGGCCCUGGAGUUCCGCAGCAACGAUACUCAGCAUGAGCUGGUCUUCAAGGCAUCCGUCAACAAGAUCGCUAGUUACUACAUCAAGGAGGUUGACUGGAAGGAGAGCACUGAUAACGAUCUGACCACUCUUCACAAGAAGACUAUUGCUGAAACCUACGAUGACGAAGAGACUAUUGUGCAGACAUCGCUUAUUAAAUUGGUGCUCGACAACAAAACUGGCCUAUUAAAGAGGGUUGAAAUGAACGGAGUAUCCGAGAACAUCAGUCAAAGUUAUGGUGUUUAUAGGACAUAUGACUCCGGUGCCUACGUCUUCCGUCAGUAUAAUCAAGGAGACUUUGUCAUCCAAGAAGAUGGAGUCGAGUUUACAGUCUACGAUGGAGCUUUAGUCAAGGAAGUCCACCAACAUUUCAACGACUAUAUCUCGCAGGUCAUCCGUAUUUAUGAGACCAAAAAUGUGGUGGAGUUCGAGUGGCUGGUUGGCCCCGUUCCAGUUGAGCAAGACUUCGGUACGGAAGUUGUUACUACAUUCAGCAGUGAGAUCGCUUCCAAUGGUGUAUUUUACACUGAUUCCAAUGGUCGGGAGUUGAUUAGACGAGAAAAGGACAAGCGAGAGGACUUUGACCCCGAACUUGCAGUGCAGCCUACAUCCGGAAACUAUUAUCCGAUCACAUCCCGCAUUGCUCUGCAAGACACCAACAAGCGCAUCGCCGUCCUAAACGAUCGUGCUCAGGGAGGAUCUAGCAUGAAGGAUGGGCAAAUAGAACUUAUGUUGCACCGACGUCUUGUCCGCGAUGAUGGAUACGGAGUUGAUGAGACCUUGAACGAGCAGAAGUUUGGCCAGCCCUUGAUUGCUCGUGGUAAGGUCUUUCUAAUCCUCAACGCUGCGGAUGAGUCCACAUCCGUGGAGCGCGAGGCCGAGAAGGAGAUCCACCUGCCUCUUUGGAAGUUCUUCAGCCAGAACAGUGAAAGCAGUAGCUCCGUUGCCAAGUCUGCUCCCAGCUUUGACGACUUCCCCCAGUCGGUGCAUCUUCUCACCCUGGAGCCUUUUAACGAUGAUGAGGUUCUGAUGCGUGUGGAGAACUUUAAGGAUCACAUCGAAGGCAAGGUGGUCAGCUUCAACAUUCGCCCAAUCUUCGAUUAUUUAAACGGAGUAGAAAUUCGCGAAACCACCUUGGACGGAAAUCUGCCACUGAGCGACUUGAAGCGAUUCAAGUUUCACGCUGAGGGUUCUGGAACAAGAGGAACAGAAGCUGAGUAUUACAGCUCCUCUCACAAGCCGCUGGCAACUGAUGAGACUCAAGACGCUGCGGAAUUUGCCGUCACUUUGUACCCGAUGCAAAUCCGAACUUUCAUUAUCAAGAUUAAAUAAUUCCUUAUCGA